AUGGGAACGAGACUGGUGGCUGUCAUCUUUCUAGCUGUGUGUACUCUCAGCUGUUUCCACGGAAAUCAGAACUUUGUGUCUGCAGGUGGCGGUGAUGGCGAUGACGAAGAGAUUAAACUUCAGGACGGCGACAAAGAUUUUCUCUUUGAUACUUUCCCAAAGGGUUUUCUUUGGGGUGCAGCUACAGCAGCCUACCAGGUGGAGGGAGGGUGGAACGAGGAUGGCAAAGGCACCAGUAUCUGGGACACGUACGUCAGCGAGCCGGGCAAGAUCCUCAAUGGCGACGACGGAAAGGUGGCCUGUGACAGCUACCACAGAUACCAAGAGGACGUGAAGAUGCUGAAAAGUUUAGGGGUCAGCCACUACAGGUUUUCUAUUUCCUGGCCGCGGAUUCUGCCAGAUGGCACGACUGGGUUUAUCAACCGUGCUGGCGUAGACUAUUAUCACAGGUUGAUCGACGAACUUAAAAACAACGGGAUUGAACCAAUGAUCACAAUCUAUCACUUUGAUCUUCCCCAAGCGCUGGAGGACAAGGGCGGUUGGCUUAACGAGGACAUUGUGGAGUACUUCAGGAACUACUCUGACGUGGUUUUCCGAGAAUUUUCCGGGAAGGUGAGGUUCUGGAUCACCAUCAACGAGCCAUUUGUGACUGCCCAUGAAGGAUAUGGCUACGGCCGGUCUGCCCCUGGUCGAUUUGGUCCAGGCACCAAUAUGUAUGUUGUCACACACAACCUCAUCAAAGCCCACGUGGCCACAUACCACCUCUACAACAACACCUACAGACGGCUGAGCCCAGACGGUGCAGGUCAGAUCGGUAUCACACUGAAUGUCAUCUACGCAGUCCCCAAGAACAGUUCGGACUCCAGCGAUCUGGAGGCAGCAGACAGGGCGAUACAGUUCCAAUUAGGGUUUUUUGCCAAUCCGAUUGUCGCAGGGGAUUACCCAGAAGUCGUCAAGUCAACUAUUUUAGACAAGAGCAGACAACUUAGGUUGCCGAUGUCUAGACUACCCAGUUUCACACCGGAUGAAGUAGCGUUCAAUAAAGGCAGCACCGACUUUCUGGGUUUGAACUACUACCGGUCCAUUGUUGUGGCGCCAUAUGUGUCUACUUCCAAUUCGACAAAUUAUGAUGAACUGUUAGGAGCUGCUCCUGAAACAGGUGCAGAAAAUAAACCUGGUAGGAACCCAUUGCUGAAUUAUCCCCUGGGGUACCGAGGACUUCUCAACUGGAUCAAAGACAAAUACAACAAUAUCCCCGUGUACCUCACAGAGAAUGGGCUCUCUGAUACAAACGGGACCUUGGAAGAUGCUCACAGAAUCACCUAUUAUCGUCAGCACAUCAACCAAGUUCUGAAAGCCAUUAAACUGGAUGGGUGUGAUGUUAGAGGAUACACCGCUUGGUCACUUAUGGACAACUUAGAGUGGCUCCAGGGCUACUCUGAGAAAUUCGGCCUCUACUCGGUGGACUUCACAAACCCCAACAGGACCAGGACACCGAAAGGUUCCGCCCUCUAUUAUGCUAAUGUGAUUCGUGACAACGGUUUCAAGAAGGGAUACAGUGGCAGAGGAGGACAAGCAACAGGCAUCGUCAAAAUGGAGAAUGAGUUCGACAUCCUGUACGACCAAUUUUCUGAAGGGUUUGCUUGGGCCACAUCCACGGCUGCCUUUCAGGUAGAGGGCGCUUGGGAUGAAGACGGCAAAGGUCCCAGUGUCUGGGAUACAUUUGCGCACCAACAUAAGCUGGCUCACAAUACCACUGGUGACGUGGCGUGUGACAGUUACCACAAAUACAAGGAGGAUAUCCAGUUGAAUAAAUAUUUAGGGGUCACACAUUACCGGUUCUCUAUCUCGUGGCCGCGAGUUCUGCCCGAUGGCACCUUACGGACAAUUAACGAGAAAGGGAUCCAGUACUACAACAAUCUCAUCGACGAGCUGUUGGCCAACAAUAUUCAACCAAUGGUGACCCUGUACCACUGGGACCUGCCCCAAGCACUAGAAGACGCGGGAGGCUUCCUAAACCCCUCCAUCCAGGAUCUGUUCAGAGACUACAGCCAACUCUGCUUCCAACGAUUCGGAGACCGAGUAAAACUAUGGAUCACUUUCAAUGAGCCUCCGAGUUUCAUCAUCAACGGCUACGGCGAUGGCAACGUGGCGCCCGGACACGCAGAUCUGGCCAGAGGUCAAUACAUUGCCGGACACAACAUGAUCCUGGCCCACGCCGAAGCUUACAGACUCUACCAUAAUAAAUUCUGGCCAUCGCAGAAAGGGCAAAUUGGCAUCUCAGUCAACCAAAUCUGGCCAGAACCCAAAAACCCGCUGAACUCAGCAGAUGUUGAUGCUUCGGAAAGAAAUAUCCAUUUUUUCAGCGAUUGGUUUGGCCACCCAAUUUUCGUUAAUGGCGAUUAUCCGGAAGAGAUGAAACAAAUCAUCGCAGCCAACAGUUUGGUGCAAAAUCUGUCUGAAAGUCGACUCCCUGUUUUUACAGAUGCUGAGAGACAGUUCAUCAAUGGUACCUCGGAUUUUCUGGGCCUCAACUUUUACUACGCCAACUUGGAAACUGACGACAGACAGCCGCCGUCCAACCCUCCCAGUUACUACCAGGACCGAGGGACCAAAGGCGAGAAUGAUCCUGGCUGGCUUCUGACGAGCAACAACAGAUGGGCCGUCAGUGCUUUUGGGAUUCGAAAAAUUGUCAACUGGUAUCAGAACAAUUACCAAGUCCCUAUCUACAUCACAGAGAAUGGCAUCAUGGACAAGAAUGGCACCAUCUAUGACUGGCACAGAAUCCAUUACUACCGCCUCUACUUGAGUGAACUACUGAAAGCGAUCAAAUUGGACGGUUGCGAUGUUCGUGGCUACGCUGCCUGGUCAUUGAUGGACAACCUAGAGUGGAAUUUAGGGUUCGAUGCUAAAUUCGGCCUUUAUUACGUCAACUUCAGCGACCCUGAAUUGCCCAGGAUCCCUAAGGCAUCAGCCGUCUGGUACAAAUCAUUCAUUGCGGACAAUGGAUUUAAACCCGGCUACACACAGAAGGGAGGCUGGGGCACUGCAGUCCAGAUGACUGAUCAGUUCCUCUAUGGCAAGUUCCCUGAAGGUUUUAGUUGGGGCCUGGCCACCGCUGCCUACCAGGUGGAGGGCGCCUGGAAUGAGGACGGCAAAGGUCCAAGUAUCUGGGACAACUUUACCCACAUCCCAGGUCACAUCGAGAACAACGAAACCGGAGAUGUUGCCUGCGACAGCUACCACAAGUUGGAUGAGGACAUUCAGCUCAUCCAGGACACGGGGAUGACCCACUACCGGUUCUCCAUCGCCUGGACGAGAGUCUUACCUAACGGAACGUUGCCCUCAAACAAGGCCGGUAUUGACUACUACAACAGGCUUCUGGACAAACUCAUCGAAAUAGGUGUGAAGCCAAUGGUGACCAUCUACCACUGGGAUCUGCCCCAAGGUCUUCAGGAUCUGGGCGGAUGGUACAACCCCGCCAUUGUCCAGUGGUACCGGGAUUUCGCCGAGCUCUGCUUCAGGGAAUUUGGCAGUAAGGUCAGCAAAUGGAUCACAUUCAAUGAGCCAUGGGUGACCAGUGUCCUGGGGCAUGGGGUAGGACAAGAUGCUCCAGGCUUGAAGGACAUCAAGGACGGUCCUUACCGUGUGGCCCACAACAUCCUUCUGGCACAUGCUGAGACCUACCACCUGUAUCAGGAGAAGUUCAAGGCUUCUCAAAAGGGCCAAGUUGGAAUAACAUUGAACUGUGACUGGUACGACCCCGAAGACCCAUCCAAACAAAGCGACAUUGAGGCUGCAGACAGAGCGAUACAGUUCUUCAUUGGCUGGUUCGCACAUCCAAUCUUCGUCAACGGCGACUAUCCAGAAGUCAUGAAAGAGUUCGUGGCUAAUGCCAGUGCUAGCGAGGGUCUGGCUACAUCCAGGCUGCCAGGGUUCACACCCCAGGAGAAACAGCGCAUCAACGGCACAGCGGACUUCCUGGGUCUCAACCACUACACCAGUAAUGUCGCAUAUGAAGGGCCCAGUGGCGAGGGUUAUUAUGGCGAUCAGCGAGUGGUCACAUACAAGAACCCAGACUGGCUCACGACUGGCUCUAGCUGGCUCAGAGUUAACCCUAUCGGUAUUCGCAAGAACUUGAACUUUGUCCGCAACCAUUACGGUGAUAUCCCAAUAUACAUCACUGAAAAUGGCGUCUCUGACCGGAACUCCUCAUUGGACGAUCCCUACCGGAUCAAUUACUACCAGGAUUACAUCAACAAUGUCUUGAAAGCUAUCGUCCUUGACAAGGUCAAUGUCAAAGGUUACACCGGCUGGUCUCUGAUGGACAAUUUUGAGUGGUCAAGAGGUUACGCAGAAAAGUAUGGCGUCUACUCUGUGGACUACAGCAGCCCGAACAGAACCAGGACGCCCAAGGCAUCGGCCAGAUAUCUCUUUGAGCUUUUCAGAGCCAACGGUUUCAUCCCUGGAACAUUCACCGAUCCUAAACGACCUUCCAGUCUUCCCUUCUUGAACUCCACAUUUUACGGCCAGUUUCCCGCCAAUUUCUCGUUUGGUGUCUCCGCUUCCGGAUACGAUGAUCGCACUGAAGACCGAGGCGCCAGUGUGUGGGACGCCAUCCUCGCCAACAUCACCAGACCCCUGAGCCGACAGAUCAGCCCUCUGGAAGAAUUCGCCCAUGACCUCGAUGCCGUGAGGACAAUCAAGGCAGAGCACUAUACGUUUACUAUCACGUGGUCCCGUGUGCUGCCAACUGGCAAGGCUGGUGGAGUUAACCAACCCGGAGUGGACUUCUACAACGCCCUCUUUGACCAGCUGAUCGACGCCGGGAUCAGACCGGUGGUGAUUCUACAUCAGUGGGAUUAUCCCAGUGUUCUUCAGGACUAUGGCGGCUGGUCUAACGAGUCUAUGAUACAGGAAUACUUACAUCUGGCCAGAAUUUGUUUUGAGAAUUUUGGAUACAAGGUCAAAGUAUGGGCAACAUUUAGUGAGCCAGAGAGGAUUCCUUUCAUCUUCCCGGACAUGGUCGAAGACAACGAAUAUCUGUUCAGUGUCUACCGUAACGUGUUGUUGGCCCAUGCUGCGGCAUACAGGCUGUAUGAGCAACAGUUCGAACCUUCACAGAAAGGUGUCAUCGGAAUUGGACUGGCUCCCCUCCUGAGUGUGCCCCUAAACCCACACGACCCAGGACACGCAGCUUCAGCCUCCAAGUCUACAGACUACAGCUUCGGUCUGUUCGCUGACCCAAUUUUCCUCAACGGUGACUUCUCCGAUGAGGUCAAAAAAGUUGCUGGCUCGGCCUUGGUGCCUCUGUCUGAGCAGGAGAAGAUUCUCAUCAAAGGAAGUGCACAAUUCUUUGGCCUGGCCUACUACCAGAUAAGCCAGGUUGAGCGAAACGCCAGUGUCAAAUGGCAGGCAACUCUGGCAGACAGAAACUACCCCAGCUUGAACACAUCCAAUCCUGCAGGUCUGAGGUUCACCCUGGGCCACAUCCGCCGUCGCUACAACAACACCCCAGUUGUUAUCACCGGAAAUGGUGUCUGGACCAGCGAUCCGGACUUGGAGGAUUCGUUCAGGGUCCAGUUCAUCCAACAGCACCUGGACGAGCUUCUCAAAGCGAUCCGGAUCGACGGAAGUGACGUCAAGGCCUACACAUACCAUUCCCUGGUGGACAGUUUUGAGUGGAAUUCUGGGUACAGCCGCAGAUACGGACUGGUACUGGUCAGUUUCUCUGACCCCACCAGACCCCGGUAUCUCAGAGCCUCGGCUCAGGUCUACGCUAAAAUCAUCAGUGACCGUGGCAUUCUGAGGGGCACCCGAUAA